AUGGAUCAUGAACAUGGAAUGGGGGCUACUAAAGGCUCUUGCAGCAAUAAAUAUGAACAAGAAAUGGCUCAACUUCGAGCGGUAGUGAAUAGACAGGCUGAACAAAUUGAGAAGUUAUUAGCAGAACAACGACAAAGGCAAGCACCAACACCACCUACUGAAACUCCAACACCUCCACAAGCUCCACCUGUAGUGCACCCCAUGGAACCACUAUAUGAACGGUUCCGAAAACAACGCCCCCCAGUAUUUGAAGGUAGCACUGACCCACUUGACGCACAAGACUGGAAGAGUUCUUUAGAAGACAUCUUUGAGUUCAUGCAACUAAGUGACAGGGAAAAAGUUUCUUGUGCUGCACAUACACUUAAAAAGGAUGCUAAGAUCUGGUGGGAAGUGGUUAAGCAGACUAGAGAAGUGAAUCAGAUGACUUGGGCAGAAUUUGAAUUGGUCUUCAACGAAAAGUUUUAUAAUGAAGUUGUGUUGACUGCUAAAUACGCCAGGACAUUUGACCGGUUAGCCAAGUUUGCACCAGACUUGGUUAACACUGAAACUAGUAGAGUGAAUCGCUUCCUGGAGGGUCUACAACCAGAAUUGGCUAGAGAUGUAGAUAUGGGACGUACAGGGCCUCUUUCUUAUGCUCAGGCUGUGGAGAAAGCUUUGAGAGCUGAACACAGAGAAGAAAAGAUAACAAAAGCUAAAGCUGCUACUAGCAUGCCUCGUAGAGACACUCCAUUCAACAAAGAACAAAGCCGCUUUCACAAUGACAACAAAAGAGGGGCCCAGAAUUUCCAAUUUAGACAAGGACAGAAUAAGAAAUUUAAAGGAGGUCAGCAAAACAGGCAAUCUGGAUUCCAACAAAUGCCACAAUGUCAAACUUGUGGAAAGAAUCAUUUCGGGGAGUGCAGGCUUCUAACUAAGAGCUGCUUCAAAUGUGGCAAGGGGGAUCAUUUUAUCAAAGAUUGUCCAUUGAUGAAGAACCAACAAAUGAAGGAUGAACCUCAAAGGACAAAUGCUAGGGUGUUCACGAUUACUCAAGCUGAUGCUGAUACCAACAACUCUGUUGUGUCAGGUGAUAUUUUUGCAUCUGGUAUUCUCACUCAUGCAUUAAUAGAUUCAGGUGCCACGCAUUCAUUUGCAUCAUUGACAUAUGUAAAAAGGUUGGGUAGAUCAUGUGAAAAAUUGUCAGAAGUUUUUAGUACAAUGUUACCAUCUGGAGAGAUUUUGUAUUCUACUCAUUGGUUGAGGGGGGUUCCUAUUUGCAUUGAUGGUAGGGAAUUAUAUGCUGAUCUAAUAAUGUUAGAGAUGCACGAUUAUGAGGCCAGGCGACUGUUGGAAAGUGGAUGUGUGGGUUAUCUCGCCAGUGUGGUUGACACGUAUAAGGAGCAAAAGUUAAAACCGGAAGAUGUACCGUUGCAAGAACUCCUAGAUUACAAGUUUAUUAGGCCUAGUUUUUCACCAUGGGGAGCUCCGGUGCUAUUUGUGAAGAAAAAGGAUGGGACAAUGCGAAUGUGUAUUGAUUAUAGAGAAUUGAACAAGUUGACAGUCAAGAAUAAGUAUCCACUUCCUAGAAUUGAUGAUCUUUUUGAUCAAUUACAAGGAAGAAGAGUGUUUUCAAAGAUUGAUUUGAGAUCUGGGUAUCAUCAAUUAAAGAUUAGAGAAGAGGAUGUACCAAAGACCGCAUUUCGAACUCGGUAUGGACAUUAUGAGUUCCUUGUGAUGCCAUUUGGAUUAACUAAUGCUCCAGCUGCAUUCAUGGACUUGAUGAACAGGGUGUUUAAGGACUACCUUGAUAAGUUUGUAAUAGUGUUUAUUGAUGAUAUCUUGGUGUAUUCUCGAUCCCAAGAAGAACAUGAGGAACAUUUGAGGUUGACGUUGGAGAAAUUAAAAGAAAAACAACUCUAUGCCAAAUUUAAGAAAUGUGAAUUUUGGCUAGAGAAUGUGGCAUUUUUGGGCCAUAUAGUCUCAAAAGAUGGUAUUGCGGUGGAUCCAUCAAAGAUUGAAGCUGUUAGUAAGUGGAAUAGACCAACAAAUGUUUCAGAAGUAAGGAGUUUUCUGGGAUUAGCAGGCUAUUACCGAAGAUUUGUUGAAGGAUUUUCCAAGAUAGCAAUGCCAUUGACACAACUCACGAGAAAGAAUCAUAAGUUUGAAUGGACUGAAGCUUGUGAGAAAAGUUUUCAAGAUUUGAAGCAAAGAUUGGUUUCUGCUCCAGUACUUACUAUUCCAUCUGGAUCAGGAGGACUUGUGAUUUAUAGUGACGCUUCAAAGCAAGGUUUAGGGUGUGUGUUGAUACAGAAUGGCAAAGUCAUAGCUUAUGCUUCUAUACAAUUGAAGGACUAUGAACAAACCGCGUCAACAGUGUCAUUUUUGAGGAAAUUGACAAGACCACUUCAGGAGGACAUGUGCAGAGCGGAGAUUGAGGUAAUCACAGGAAGAUUAUCAGUGAUGACUAUUCAGUCUACCUUGUUAGAGAGAAUCAAACAAGGUCAAUGUGAGGACCCUUACUUGGUGGAACAAAAAGGUGAAUUGGAAAGUGGGAAGGUCAAUGAGUUUAGUGUGUCGUGUAAUGGGAUGCUAAAGUUCAAGGAAAGAGUUUGUGUCCCUAAUAAUGAGGAGUUGAAGAGAGAAAUCCUUACCGAAGCUCACAAUACCUUGUAUUCAGUGCAUCCGGGGACGACCAAGAUGUUUAAUGACUUGAAAAGACACUAUUGGUGGCCCAACAUGAGAAAGGAUGUGGUCGAGUUUGUAGCCAAGUGUUUAACCUGUCAACAAGUGAAAGCUGAACAUCGAAAACCUGCUGGUUUACUACAACCAAUACGGAUACCAGAGUGGAAAUGGGAAGAGAUUACUAUGGAUUUUGUUGUUGGAUUGCCAAAGACUUCUAAACAACAUGAUGCUAUCUGGGUUAUAGUAGACCGAUAUACCAAAUCAGCACACUUUCUUCCGGUACGCAUGACUUAUACUAUGGAUCAGUGGGCUGAAUUAUAUGUUCAAGAGAUUGUUAGACUUCAUGGAGUGCCAGUAUCUAUAAUUUCAGACCGGGAUGCUCGAUUUACUUCAUUGUUUUGGGAAAGCUUGCAGAGAGCAUUGGGCACAAAAUUGAAGUUUACUACGGCAUAUCACCCCCAAUCUGAUGGACAAUUUGAAAGGACCAUUCAAACUCUUGAAGAUAUGCUUCGAGCUUGUGUCCUAGUUUUUUAA